AGACAAUAAAUUUAUGACCGAAUGAACAAUUGAAGAAUGAACUGGGAUUGUAUUCCGGCCACCAUCUUUUGCGUUUCGUUGUUGUCGUUGUCAGGUCGGCGAUUUUUGUAAAAAGCCGCAACCAUGGGUCGUAUGCACGCACCUGGUAAGGGUAUUUCCCAGUCAGCACUGCCAUACCGCCGCAGUGUUCCUACCUGGUUGAAGCUCACAGCUGACGAUGUCAAGGAACAGAUUUUCAAACUCGGAAAGAAGGGUCUUACCCCCUCCCAAAUUGGUGUCAUGCUCAGGGAUUCCCACGGAGUGGCCCAGGUCAGAUUUGUCACUGGCAAGAAGAUCCUCAGAAUCAUGAAAGCUAUGGGCCUGGCGCCCGAUCUACCUGAAGACUUAUACUACUUGAUCAAGAAAGCCGUUGCCAUGAGGAAGCACUUGGAACGCAACAGGAAAGACAAGGACAGCAAGUUCCGUCUCAUUCUUGUAGAGUCGAGAAUCCAUAGGCUAGCCCGUUACUAUAAGACAAAGAGUGUGCUACCUCCCAACUGGAAAUAUGAGUCUAGCACUGCUUCCGCCCUAGUGGCUUAAGUUCAAUAAAACUAUGUUAAACUGC